AUGACCUCGCAAGAUGUGGCCCGCCUCCUUUUGUCCCGUCAGACUGCUGGGCUGCGGUCGUUCAGCGCGGCCAGCAAGCUGAUGCACGGACAACGGAAGGCCCCGAUGCGCAUGACCACGGAGGAAGCGUUCGUGAAGACUCUCCAGAUGCAUGGCAUCAAGAACGCCUUUGGCAUCAUCGGUUCUGCCAUGAUGCCGAUCUCGGACCUCUUCCCAAAAGCAGGCAUCAAAUUCUGGGACUGUGCACACGAGUGCAAUGCUGGAAUGAUGGCGGACGGCUACACACGAACAACAGGGAAGAUGUCGAUGAUGAUCGCACAGAACGGGCCUGGCAUCACCAACUUCCUGACGCCCGUGAAGACAGCCUACUGGAAUCAUACUCCGCUGUUGCUGGUCACGCCGCAGGCAGCGAACAAGACCAUAGGCCAGGGUGGGUUUCAGGAGGUGGAGCAGAUGAACAUGUUCAAGGACUGCGUUUGCUACCAGGAGGAGGUGCGGGACCACACCCGCAUCGUCGAGGUGCUGAACCGCGUGAUCGAGAAGGCUUUGCUCUGCAGCGCGCCGGCGCAGAUCAACAUCCCCCGAGACUACUGGACGCAGGUGGUGGAGCUGCCUCUGCCCACGGGCGUAAAGCUGGAGCGCACGGGGGGCGGCAAGGAGUCGACCCGCCGCGCCGCGGAGCUCCUCUCCGAGGCCAAGUUCCCGGUGAUCCUCAACGGUGCCGGGGUGAUCCUCUCGGGAGGGACCGAGCAGUCCGUGAAGCUGGCGGAGCGCUUGGGCGCGCCGGUUUGCUGCAACUACCAGCACAACGACGCCUUCCCGGGAGACCACCCGCUGCAUAUGGGGCCUUUGGGCUACAACGGAUCCAAGGCGGCCAUGGAGGUGAUGUCCAAGGCGGACGUGGUUCUGGCGCUGGGCACGAGGCUCAACCCCUUCUCCACUUUGCCGGGCUACGGCAUGGACUACUGGCCGAAAGAUGCCAAGCUGAUCCAGGUAGACAUCAACGGUGACCGCAUCGGCCUCACUAAGUCAGUGGACGUCGGCAUUCAGGGCGACGCAGGCUUGGUGGCUGAGCAGCUGCUGCAGCAGCUGGCGCCGGAAGCUGGGAGCGGCCGGGCGGAGCGCGCGGCCCUGGUGAAGGAGAAGAAGGCAGCCUGGGCAGCUGAACUGGAGAGCCUGGACCACGAGCUGGACGACGAGGGCACCACCUGGAACCAGCGCGCGCGCCAGGCAGCGCCGGAUUUUAUGUCUCCGCGCCAGGCCUGGCGCGCGAUCAUGCGGGUCAUGCCCAAGGAGGCCAUCAUGUCUUCGGACAUCGGCAACAACUGCGCCAUUGGCAACGCCUACCCCUCCUUCGCCUCGCCGCGGAAAUACCUGGCCCCGGGCCUCUUCGGCCCCUGCGGCUACGGCUUCCCAGCCAUUCUGGGCGCCAAGGUGGGCAACCCCGACGUGCCCGUGGUGGGCUUCGCUGGGGAUGGCGCCUUCGGCAUCUCCGUGAAUGAAAUCACCGCCUGUGGCCGCGGGGAUUGGCCCCCGGUGAGCAUGGUGGUCUUCCGGAACUUCCAGUGGGGCGCAGAGAAGCGCAACACCACGCUCUGGUACGACGACAACUUUGUGGGCACUGAGCUCAACAAAGGCGUGGAGUACGCGGAGAUGGCCAAAGCCUGCGGUCUGAAGGGUGUGAAGGUGCAGUCGGUCGAGCAGCUGGAGCGAGCCUUGAGCUCGGCCAUCGAGGGCCAAAUGAAGCGCGGAGAGACGACCCUGGUUGAGGUGCUGCUGAACCAGGAGCUGGGAGAGCCCUUCCGCAGGGACGCCAUGAAGGCUCCGGUGCAGGUCGCCCCCAUCAAUGCCAGCGACAUGGCGGAGUGA